GGCGGCGCGGCAGCAGACAGACAGACAGACAGCUGGGCGGCGUGUCAGAGCCUUGGUGUAACCACUGCCACUACCAGGAGGACGAGCUGGUGAAGCCUGCUAGUGUUCAUUGUCAAGUGUGUCCGGACAUCGCAACGAUAAUGUUCAGAAGGAAGCUAACCGCACUGGACUACAUGAACCCAGACAACUUCCACGUGAACGAUGAAAAGAGUUUUCGGGACCUUGUGGUGUGGCUUGAGGACCAGAAGAUCCGUCAUUACAAGAUUGAAGACCGAGGAGCCUUGAAGGCCGUGGAGGAGAAAGACUGGGCCACAGGCUAUCGCCGUUAUUUGGGCAGCCUCAACUGUCCUAUCAAUCCCAAUGAGCGUGCAGCUGUGCUAGAUUGGCUGCUUGGACUGGCGGUGCGCUUUGAAUAUGGCGACAAUGUGGACACGUACAAGAGUGAAACGGCAGAGAAUGUUCGGAACCGGCAGAUGUCAGGCCCGAAAAUGGUCAACACCAACCCUCUGGACGCACUGGACUUUCAGAGCCCAGAGUUUAGAGAUGGAGUCAAUAGACUGGCAAGUCAGCUUGGAGUCACUCAACACCCUGACCACUUGGUGACCCUCAAGGCUAUCAGUAAAUUGAUUACAUCCAGGCUCUCUGCAGAGGCCAUGCAGAACCCCGGUGAAGUGAUUCACCAGGGCAAGGCCUUCCCUAUCUUUGAGGCUGACUUGGGCUUUGAGACAGGUGACCCUGUGUUAAAUAAUGCCGGGAAAGCCCUGCGUCUCAUGUACAUCCACGACCUGCGUAACCUCCAGACCCGCAUCAACGAGAGCAUAGUGGCUGUGCAGACAAUUACCGCCAAUCCCAAAACUGAUACAAAGUUGGGCAAAGUGGGACGCUAAUCUUCCUUCAGAGAGCUAUGCUGGUGUAGAAACAGGGAUGCUGGUGGUGUUCUCUUUGUAAGGAUCAAGGAAACAAGCAGCUUUAAGGAACAUUGGAAGCUGCUUUGCUGUGGCUUUUGUUGUGUUGCAUAAGCAUCAUUAUACUGAGUAAAAAUUAUUAUGGUAUAUAAUUAUUAAAACUUUUUGUUAAAUUUUCUGGGGUUGACUAUUACAUGUAUCAUACCUUUGAGAGGCUAAAAUUUACACUUGUAAUGUAAUAUGGUGUAAAUAUCUGCCCAAUUUUUGUCUUGCAUCACACUUUACUCAUGAUGUUUUCUUGGCUAGAGCUCAGUACCUCACAUUGUAUGUCAUCUGAUAAUAUUUAUGAAUAGAUAUAUGCAGGCAUACAUACAUAUUACUUGAAACUGACAAUGUAAUAACUUACCAUUAAUAGAUUUUGGUCCAGUCUGUAUUGCCAACAGUUGCUGACUUGAUAUGUUUACAUCUGUAAAUGGCUUCGAGGUUGACAUAGUUUUGUGUUUGAAAGUUUUACACAAGAACUAAUAAUUUAUAAACAAUGUAAUCACAUGUCCUUUCUGGGAUACUGCUUGACCUUUCUUUAAUAUCCAUCUGAAAAUCCUAGUGUUUAGAUUUUCUUCUCCCAACCUCCCCAUUGCAGUUCAAGAAUUGAAAGCCCACAAUAAUAUGGCUGACUUUCUUCACUGAUUAUGGAUUCAUUUAAUAGUAAAUUAAUAAAGCCAAAGCCCAUCAUUGUUGUGGUAGUAUGCAUCAGAACAGCAGGAAAAACUGUGCUUGAUUAUGACACAUGAUGUGAAUGGGAAACUCUAUCUGAGUGUACACCUUUGUAGUUUACUAUGCUCAUUGUUCUGUCAUGUGUGUGUGAUAACCCAUGUUGACUAGAGGACCACCAUCCUGUCAUGCUGUCAUACAUAACCCUGCCAUAUAUCUCUAAACACUAGCUCCUCAACUUCAUGAAUCAUCUCCUUCACAUGAGGUUGUUCUCCAUUCUGGUCUCUGGCUAGAGGAACUGUGGUAGAAACCUGUCUUCCUUCAGACUUGACAGGUCGGGCAGAAUAAUGUGUGCUGAGAUGGUUCAGGUGUAUUUAGAGAGUGGAGGAUGAUAGGCUGGUGAAGAUAGUAAGAUUAAGUGUGAGAGGUGUGAAUUUGUGAGAUAGGCCAUGGAAAGGAUGGACAGAUUGUGUGAAGGAGACCUUAAAGGGAAGAGGACUGACAUUGGAACACUGUAGAAUGAUUGUGUGUGACAGAAGUGAAUGGAGAGUGGUUGUGAAUGUGUGAGGAAUGACAUAGCCCUGUGACCUCCAAGAGAGGUGCCACACAUCAGUAGUCUCACACAGGUGUGGGGCAAAUGGAUGUGGUAGGGGAGGGUUCUUGCUAUGAAGGAGCCUUGUUUCAGACCAGUCAGUGCAAGCUGUGCAGCUGAUCCCCAUAAAGUGAGGACAGGAGUACUUUCUCUUCUCUGUCAGGGGCCGAGAGGCCAAGAGAAAGGUGUGUGCCUUGUCUUGGCUACCUUCUUUUUUGGGGGGGAAACAGCCUUGGUAUAUGCAUGUAUUUUCUUGUAGGAGAAAAGCACCUAUUAAUUUCCUUGGCUACCAUACAUAAAAACUACUAGCUGCUGCAUAAGGACAUUAGAAGGAGAGAGACGAGUGCUAGUACCAUGAUAUAUCAUGUAUCAAGGAUAGUUAUGUCCCACAGAGUGCUUCAUUCUUCAUUACAGAUUAUUAUAUAGGUACUCUUGAUAAGUGGACAAUGACUAGUAAUUUUCUAAUUAAUGAUGCUGUACUGAGAGACCAUUUCACAUACAUAAUUAUUGAAUGUUUCUAAGCAAAAUGGACUAAUAAAGUUUGUGAAUAAAGUGAAUAUCAAGUAGUGAUGUAUCAAGCAGUGCUACUCAGAAGUUCAUAAUGUUAAUGUUGCCUACCAUCCAUUUAUGAAGUUUCCUUGAUUAAACCAAGAGGACUGAGAGGAAGCUCCACUCUUGCAUGAUGAGCUUGGGCCUAAGCACACCAAAGGACCUGUAACCAUAUCAACCUUGGGAUCUGCAUGCCAUCAGUUGCAGACUAUUGUUGGGAGAUACUCAGGUUAGUACUUUUGAGGCUCGUAGCUUUGAUUUACGUAACUGUUUUGUAUUGUUUUGAGUGGGUUAUGAUCAUGAUAAUUAUCCUUCAAGACUCAGACCUCAUAGGCAUGAUAAAAAUUCCUUGCUAUGCUGUCCAUUUGUGCCACAUUAUUCACCUUGUAUUUUUGUAUGGUUCUGUUUUUCUCACCAAUAGAAGUUCCUCCCUCUCAAA